AUGGAGCUACAGACAAAUGGGAAACCAUUAGAAUCACUGCUAGAGAAGGUCCUUUGUAUGAACAUUCUAUCAUCGGAUUACUUCAAGGAGCUUUACCGAUUAAAGACAUACCAUGAAGUGAUAGAUGAAAUAUACAAUCAAGUUGACCAUGUUGAGCCAUGGAUGACUGGCAACUGUCGCGGUCCAUCUACUUCUUUUUGCCUUCUGUACAAGUUCUUCACCAUGAAACUCACUGUCAAACAAAUGCAUGGUCUGCUACAGCACAAGGAUUCUCCUUAUAUCAGAGCGGUUGGGUUCCUGUACCUGAGAUAUGCUGGUGAUCCAAAGACACUGUGGAAUUGGUUUGAACCAUAUAUUAAAGAUGAUGAAGAAUUUUCUCCGGGAUCUAGUGGAAGGAAAACGACAAUGGGUGUAUAUGUGCGUGAUUUGCUUCUUGGACAGUACUACUUUGAUACCCUAUUCCCCCGUAUUCCUGUUCCUGUCUUGCGGCAGAUCACAUCCAAUCUUGAGAAGAUGAAGCUACCCACUAAAAUUUCUGGUGCUACAGGGGAUGGCAACCGUCAUGGAUCUGAUGAUACUGCACGCCGACCACCAUCUGUGAAGGCUGCACUUUCAGUCUCUUUUGGUCAGCGUGCUCCUCAUCGUGCAUCAACCAGGGACUCAUCACCUGUUCGCCGCACACUACCUCCACCCCCUAUGACAGAACCAGUGAUGAUCCACGAAUCCGUCGCAGCCAGAGUCGUGAAUAUUCUGAUAAAGAAAUUUCAGACCGGGAUCGGGAUCGCGAUAGGGGUAGAGAAAGGGAUCGAGACCGUGAUCUGGAUAGAGAGAGGGACAGGAAUCGGGAGAGAGAUUGGGACAGGGACAGGGACAGAGAGAGGGAACGGGGACGGGGACGGGAAAGGGAUAGAGAUAGAGACAGAAGGUAUGAUUCUGACAGGAGUUCCAGGUACACUGAUAGGGAAAGCAGAAGGGAUUAUGAACGUAGCAGCCGUGAUGGAACUAGGCAUCACAGGGAAAGUAGAUCUUAUAGAAGCCGUAGCCGGAGCAGGAGCCGGAGCCGGAGCCGAAGCCUGCAAGCUGGCUCAUCCCCAUUUGAUCGCCACCCAACUCCUCAAAGGGAUGGAGCCAAGGAUAAGACAUCUGCGUCUAGCAAUUUGGCAAAGCUCAGAGAUCUUUAUGGCGAUCUUAGGGAUCAGAAAGGGAAUGCUGACCUGGAAAGGGCUCCUCGGAGGGAUAAUGAUGGUGAAGAGGUUUUUAGACUUGGUGGUUCUACUUGGAGGUAGGUAG